GGAGUGGACUUUCAGUUACAGGGUUAUUAAGUAUGGCGAGCGAUGAGCCGAGGGGCAAUCAAGGCGGAUAUAACAGUGGGGGAGGAGAUCGCAAUCACGACCGGGAGCGUGAACGAGAUCGUGGUCGCGAGAGAGAGCGUGAGCUUGACCGCGAUCGCAAUCGGGAUCGAGACUCCGAUCGGGAGUAUGAUCGGAACCGAGACCGGAGCCAGAGGCGUGGACCACCGAGAUGUUUCAAGUGUCACAAGAAGAAGGCUAAGGAAUUAGCUAAGCAGAAAGCGGAGGAAGAGAAGAUUGAACGUGAGCAGCGUGUGGCCCGCAAGGAGGCCAAGGCGAGGAAAGCGGAAGAGAGGGAAUUGAAACUGGCCAAGAACGUGGAUAUGCAGCUAUCAUUGAAGAUCGGCGAACUACGAGACGAGAUUCGGCAGGAACUACGGAGGGUUAUGACCGGGAAAAGCAAGGCGAAGAGCUCUUCGGGUGUGAGCGGGAGCGGAUCCAGUGGGGACAGCGAUGGGGGAUCCGAGGACCUGAGUGCACGUACCAAGCAGCUAACCAUCAGCGAGAAGCGAAAGAGGGGUGUCGAGCCUGUUUUCGAAGACAGUCCGCCUACGGUUGUACCUCCGAAGCGUACACCGCGGAGACGGUCAGGGAUCAAACGGAUUCGCCUGACACCUCGGUUGAAGUCGUGCACACCGAAAGUGAAGUCUCGUAGUACGACGAAGCCCAAGAGCCGACAGGCAUCUAAUAUGAAGAUUCCGGCAGAGAGAGGAGACCACGAUGGCUACAGGAGCGGAGGAGGAGUUUGGGACCGUGACAGGGACCGUGAUCGGUAUCGUGCCCAUGAUUGGGACCGAGACCAAGACCGAGGGCGGAAGCCGAGCAGCGAUCGCGAGCGAGAACGAGAGCGGGGACAAAGGUGUGGACCACCUGGAUGUUUUCGAUGCCAACGAGUUGGGCACUACGCAAACCAGUGCAGCUGGUUCGAUGCUCCUAGAACAACAGGAGACUCUCAACGAGCAAGGUCGUCAUCUCCAAGGCGUGGAUUUCAAGGGCAGUCCUCGUCAUCCGGAGAGUCACGCCGUACACCUGAGUUGGAGAAACUGGAACGGAACGUGGCCAGUUUGCAGGAAUACAUUCAGCUAGAACGUGCGAAGAAGGAUGAGAAGGAAGCCAGGAAGAAGGCAAAGGCUCUUGCCAAGCAGCGUGAGGAAGAGGGGAGACUUGAGCGAGAGAGAAGCAUCGCCAAGAAGAUCGAAAAGGAGAAGCGUGCUGAAGAGAAACAGUUGGAACUGGCAAAAAGUGUGGACACUCAAUUGUUUUUGAAGAUCGGCGAAUUACGAGAUGAAAUUCGGCAGGAAUUACGCCGGGCUAUUAAGGGGAAAAACAAGGCGAAGUCACAAACAUCCAACGAUGAAGAGUCGGGGAACGAAAGUGAUGACGGUACUAAUGACUUGAACAUUCGUACUGGUCAACUCACGAUCAAUGAGAAACGCAAACGGGGAGAGGAACCAGUUUUCGAAGAUAGUAGCCCUCCAAUGAUCGUCCCACCGAAACGUACUCCAACUAGACACAAAGGGAUGAAGGAAAUCAAGACACCUCGAUCGAAGACCCGCACCCCGAGGACAAAGAUGAAGUCACGUACCAAGUUGAGGACAGGGGGUCAACGAACCCCGGCGAAGAAGAUUCCGGCGAAGUACGAAACGGUGGGGCAUUAUCAAUAUUUGGAGACUGUUCGACGUGAGCUAAUCGAUUGCGACGCAAAAACGCUGGAGGCAAAAUGUAGGGAUGCCGGUAUCGAGUAUCGCGGAAAAAUGUAUGCGAUCUUUGAUAUCGCAUACCAGAAGGCCAUGGUGGCAUACGGAUCGGAGCAGGAGGGUGGAACGGUUGUACAUGAGGUUGUUGGAGAAGGCAUGAAUACGGGGGGUGAUAGCGGUGGAAAUGAGGAGGUAACUAUUGAUCCUAACCAUGAGUAAGGGUGCGCGACUCUGCGGCGUCAAUACCAUUU